UCCCAGUGAGCAGUCUCGACACGAAAACUCAUCAGCCGAGCUUCCUCGGCUCUCACACACCGAGGACUAGAGAGUAUAUUCUCUCCAGGCAUAUAUACCGGGGAUAUUUCACCGACUAGGACACAUUUCAAGUUAAAUCGUUUUAUCAGAAUGUCACAGCACGCCUUCUCGCUCGUCCUAGUGUUCCUGGCUGCACAGGGCUCGCUGGGUCAGAAGCAACAGCAGGAGGAUCCAUGCCAGACCAAGUCGCGCGUAGUGGGCGACAUCGAGUAUUGCGAUCGUUAUUGGGAAUGCGUGAGCGGUCGGCCAGAAUUAUUCGAUUGUCCGAACGGUCUCGUGUUCGCCGGCAAGCAUCGCGGCGUCACCGAGGGCUGCGAUUAUCCGUGGCGGGCGAACUACUGUGACGGCAAACGCCAGGCUAAUCCGCCGAUUCCAACCGAGCACUGCGACUGGCUGUACGGUAUCUUCGGCCACGAGACUUCCUGCACCAGGUACUGGACCUGCUGGAACGGAACCGCCACCGAACAGCUCUGCAUAGGCGGUCUGCUUUACAACGAGAGAGCCAGAUCCUGCGACUGGCCCGAAAACGUCGAGGGAUGUCAGAAGCAUCCUCUUUGCAACGACGACGCCAACGGCAACGUGCCUCUCGGCAAGUCGUGCAACCGCUACUGGCAGUGCCAGGGUGGUUACCCGCGGCUACAGCGCUGUCCAGCCAUGCUGGUGUUCGACAAGCGGUCGCUGAGGUGCGUGGUGCCGCCGACGGAGGACUGCGACGUUCCUACGACGCCGCCGCCCACCGAGGCCGAAUUGUCCGAGGGUCGCAACGAGCAGCAGGAACCUGAGGAGGAGAAUCUGCCGCCCGGUGUGCCGCCUCUGCCGGCAGGCGCGUUGCCGAUUCAACUGCGCCCUCGUCACCGAAAUUAAAACGGGCAUCCGAAACUGUUCGGGUUACGUGCAACCAUCAGGAAGAACGAAGGAAACCAGGAGAUGCGAUGAGCGAGAUCCCGGAGAUCGAGCUCGUCGAUCGAUCAGCAGAGAGAAUUCGAGUUCUCUCGUGAUUUCGAGAGUCUCUCCAGAUCUUUCCCUUUCUUCUGUAAUUCUAUUAUUUUUGAAUCUAUUAGUAGGAUCGAUUUCGAGAUUUUUUGAGACCUACAGAUUUAAAAUUAUUCUCGAUAUUGGAGAAAUUACCCUCUUACAAUCAAUCUUGAAAUUACCCUCGAUAUUAGAGAAGGCAAUGUUCCGCGAUUCCUUGACAAUGUUUAGUUUCCUUUUGUAGUAAUCAAAAAUUUUAGUUUUUUAUUUGAUCUUUGAUACAGAGAUUUAAUUUUUAAUUAUGAAAUGUAAAUUUGAGUAAAAAUUUAAGCGUAAAGAUUCUUAUAAUUAUGUGUUUUAAUUCUUUUCAGGAUUCUCUCUUUUUAUAAAAAAAAAAUCAAGACCUUUAUUAUUUUAAUUAAUUUAUUAUUGAGCAUGUAUUUGAUGAAUUAAUUUAAUUAUUAAUUUGAGAUAAAUGAAAUAACUUUAAAAAACUCUUGACAAACCAAAUAAAAUUUUCCAGCCGUUUAAUUGUGAAAGUUAUCUCUCUUUCUUUUUCUAUAAAAAAAAUAUGUAAGUUAAUUCAGAAGAAGAAAUCAAUCAAAAUAUAAAAUAAAAAUUGAUCUUAAAAGACAUAUAUAAAUGAGAGAAUACAAAAUAUACAUAAAUACAGGAAACAUAAUUAAACUCAAUAAACAAUCAUCAUGAAAUAUCUCCAAAGAUUGACCCGUCGAUAUCGAUCGAUCCGCCCAUGUCUUUGACCGAUCAAGCUCUUCUAAGGAGAGAUCCGUAUUAUUAAUUAAUAACAACAUUAAUUAUGAAUAUCUCGUUUUUCCGCCCCAGGAUCCGUUCAUCAUUUGCAUUCUAUCACAUUGGUCGAGAUGUAAAUAUCUUUCCCUCACUUUGUCCUCCCUCUUUUCACUUUCGCGUAAUCGUUUAAGACUUGUAUCAUUUAUAUGUAGAUUGAUUGGAAUAAAUUGUACGUUGUAUAUUUUUUA